CCUUCGCGACCACUCCCACUCCUCUCGCGUUCCUCUCUUCGACAGCCCCAAAUCCCUAGCUCUCCCACUCCUCCCCAGCGUCGUCACGACCUCCCUCAACGUCUCCUCUCCCAUUCCCCUCGCUCACCUACUCCCCUCCAAAGAUGGCAUCGUCAUCUCUCCUCGUCUAGUGUUGUCUCCUCUCUUCCAACUAUGGCUUUUUUACUCUGGCGGAUCUGAAGCAGUGAUGGGUACUGGAGCGGCGGCAGCGACGUUGUAUCUGAAGCGACUGGCGGCACCAUAGCAGCGGCGGCGGCGCUGGAUCUGAAGCGGUUGACGAUACCAUAGCGGCGGGGGGAGCAACUAUGGCGGCCAGUCACCCACUACCACGACCACCACGACGACGUCCAAGACGAUGGAUCGAUGUUGUUGCUGCUGAUGUCUGCACCAUGUCUGAAGAAGAAGACCUCUCUGUGGACCGAUACUCUGUGGAGUACUGUAAGCAUGCACACUCUGUUCUCGAAUGGAAUGAAAUUAUUUAUGUGAAGUGUGUUUUUUCAUGCUCCUGCAGUAGUAGCUCUUCAUUUGAAGUGUGAUUCAUACUCCUACUUGUUCAUGUGAUUGUUUGGCUUGUUCAUUUGGAAUGGAAUUUGUUCUUCAUGGAGUACAACAAGAGUGGUAGUCUCAAGUAGAAGUGGUUGUUCAUGUGUUGUUGUUGAUGCAAUUGUUGUACUCCAACUGGAGUAGUUUUAACUUCUGGUAGAGUAGUUAAAACAUGGUGUAGUAAAUUGUAAAACUUUAGUUAGAGUAGUUAAAACAUGUUUUACUUGCAGUAGUAGUGGUGGUCAUCUAGUUAAAACAUGUAAUACUACUUGCAGUAGUAGUGGUGGUCAUCUAGUUAAAACAUGUAAUACUACUUGCAGUAGCAGUGGUGGUCAUCUAGUUAAAAAAAUGGUAUUUGCAGUAGUAGUGGUGGUCAUUUAGUUAAAACAUGUUAUUUGUCGUACUUGGGGUAUUAGAUGGAGUAUAAUGCUCUAUAGGAUUUCUUUUCUUUUAGAAUUCCUUUUCUUUCACUCCUCUCCUCUCCACUCCUUUCUGUAGGAGUAGGGGUAGAUGACGUGCUGUAUUAUGGAGGAGUAUUCUGUAGGAGUAUUAUAGUUAUGGGAUUUGGAUGCAAAUUUCCAGUAGUUAGAGUAAGCUUGAGUUUAAUUAAAUUUGGAUGCAAAAUUCAGUUAAAAGCUUCUGUGAAGUCCAGUGUGAACUUAACUGAAUUUAUACUUAACUGAGUUUGUAGGAGUAUAAAUGGAUUUCUUUUAGGAUUAAAUUUCUUUAAGGAUCAGUCUUAGGAUUUCUUUUACUUUAGGGUUUCUCUCAUCUCCUUUCCUCCUUCUCUCCUCUAUUAUCUCCUCCCCCCCCCUCUCUUGUCUCCUCUCCUCUCUCUUCUCUCCACAAAAAGUUCCUAAUGAUUAAAUUUAGGAAUUUCUAAGUUCCUUCUCUCCUCCCCUCUCCUCUCUUUUCUCUCCUGUUCUCUUCUCCCCUUCUCUCCUCUCCACACAACUUUGAAAAAUUCACGAAGUUCUUCUUUACACACACAAAAUUCAGAAACAAGUUUAAGAAAUCCACAAUGAUGCAUACAAAUAUAUGGAUCACAUCACAAGUCUCUCAUCAAGCCUCUCAUCACAAGGAGUACAAACAUAUGGAUCACAUCACAAGCCUCUCAUCACAAGGAGUAAAAACAUAUGGAUCACAUCACAAGCCUCACAUCAUCCAACAUCUCAUCACAAAGCCUCUCAUCAUCCAGCCUCUCAUCACAAGCAUCUCAUGACCAAGCCUCUCAUCACAAGCCUAUAUGUUCAUCUUGUUCUAGAUUCUCCAAGGCACUGUAAUACACUUCACAUGGGAAAUGAAUCCUAGGAGGUAGAAUUCCAUCUCUUUCAAAUCUUUACUUGUUGACAUGAGGAAUUUUGUAAGCAUUUCCUCCUGCAUGAUCCAUUACUUCCACCAUACAUGUUUGCAUUGUUAGGAAGAUUCUGUUGAGUUUCCCAACUUCAUAGUCAUCGACUUCUUCCUGUACCCCUUGAAUUAGCUCAGGGAUGGUGGUAGGGUCUCUGUAGUCCGUUAGAGACUCUAGGGAUCUGAAGUACCCAAGGUCAAGAGCGUUCAAGUUGGGAUAAUUUGGGGGUUGUUGCAUUAGUUUGAUGUCCAUACCAGUCUUGUCGUGGAAUUGUCAUGGCAGAUGUCCUAGUGAAAGGACUUAAGCGUGGAGCCAUCGCAACUAGGAAGCUUAAAGGGGUUAAAACGAGACAAAGGGCACGAGGGUUUAUACUGGUUCGGCCCCUUGCGGUGAAGGUAAAGGCCUAAUCCAGUUUGAGGUGGUAUUGCUUAUGUUUCGAUUGCUAGGGAUCGAAUCCGCUUGAACUAGCUUUCGAUCUGUGGUUACUUGUCCUGAACCGCCGCCGGGUUGUCCCUUUAUAUAAAGAGGCUGACGCCCAACGGCUCAUAGAGUCCCGGCCGGCUCAUAAACAGUGUCCGGCUCGAUCUCUAACUAUUCCUGCCUUACAAUACAAGUUAUGUACAUAUGGCGGUUUAUUUCUACGGGCCUUGAGUCACCUUUGGGUCUUGGGCCCUUAUCUAAACCGCCAUCUUCCAGAGCUGUCUUGGGCUUCAUGAAUCGCCAUAGGUAUAACCCGACCCUUCCUGGGCGGGUCAUACCCAAUAGUUAUAUCCGCAACAUUAGGCCCCAGAUUGAUUUGAACUGGUUCAUGUCAAUCUUCAACACUUAUAGAAAACCUUCUGAUCUUCAUUGUGCGAGAAUUUGUAACCCGCCGUGAUGUCAUCUUCUGGAUUUGCGAUAACCCGCCAUGAUGUCAUCUGCCAUUACUUCACACUUUAUCCAACGUAUCUUAAUGGAUCCUUAUCUUAAUGACCAUCCCAAGAAUCGAGGUGUUCUGGUAGCUGGAUAACCAUUUUUGUUUCGGCCUCCUCAUUUUUCGCGCCCACUUAAGAGUCUUUCCUUAUAAGUAGGCACGACCGGUCUUUCCUUAUUCUUCUCCUUUCCAGCGUCUUCUUCCUCUCGCAACCCUUCUGUCGCUCGAGCUCCGCCGCCGCCGCAGAGCACCUCGUCUUCCUCAACCUCGGCCGCUGCAUCAACCUGAAUCGAUGCAGAGAACGGCGGCCACCCUCCGCAGUAGAUCUGCAGCUGUAAGUUUUGGUCUUUCCAUACCUCAUAUCAGCAUUAGGGUUUGCAAGUUUCUCUUGUGUUCAUCGUAGUUCAUCUUCUAGGCUGUACCGCGAACUUCUUUGAUCUGUAAACGGUGCUACACCAAUGCGGUAGUUCUUGUAUUUCCACUGUUGAUAACAGUAGAUCCCCUUUCCUGAAAGGAAAAUCUUGUGAAAGCUCAUGAACUCAUCUGUACUGGUUUUUAGGUCUAGAUUUUUUUUUAUUUUCCUGAACAACCGUUGAUCCAAAAUAAUAGCUGUAGCUUGUGAAACUUGUUUAUGUAAGACUUAGGCCAAAACUGCAUUUUUUAGAUCCACCUAGCCAUGGCGGCUCAAACUGUUGACUUAACUUGAAAUGCUCAACAGACAUCAUUUGACUUAUCAUGCGUCUUAAAUAAUUUGCACUGCUCAUGGCGGUUUGUAGUCUGACAUAAUUUAGUCAUAUACCAUUAGGCCCCUUUGUAAACCGCCAUCUUGAAUAUGCACUAGAAUACUUUUCCUCUCGGGCUUAAGUUUGAAUAGGCAAUUUUACUCUUUGUUAGGCUUCUGUCUUCAUAAUGCCGCCCAAAACACCCAUUACAUGCAAUUGGGUCAAGUCCAUCGUCAUAGAUAGCACAUUUGACGAUUUUAUGAAGACUGUCUAUCUGCCAAAGAAGGAAAUCAUGUCCUAUCGUGCACCUAAUCCAACCGAAGAAAAGCCUCAACCUAAAGAGGGGGAAGUCAUCGUCUUCACUGAUCACAUGAACCGAGGCUUUCCCCCACCCGGCUUAAAGUUUUUUAGAGACGUCUUACACUUCUUUGACCUCCAUCCUCAAGACAUCAAACCCAACUCCAUGUCUAAUAUUUGCAACUUUCAAGUGUUUUGUGAGGUUUAUCUUGGAGAAGAACCCAGCUUGCUGCUCUUGAGAGAGUUAUUUUAUUUGAACCGCCAGAAUGAACGUGCCAACGGGCCUAGUUUGAAACUUGGUGGGGUCUCAAUCCAAAGACGGAGAGACGCCAUUUUCCCUUAUGCAAAUCCACCAAGUCACCCCAAAGACUGGAACCAAACUUGGUUAUAUUGUCAAGACACUUCUCCGGCUUAUGAGAACCCUCUGCCCAGCUUUCGCGCCCUGUGCCUCGAGUCUAAUCAUCCUCUACCAGACAAGUUAUCCGCUGUUGAAUGCCAGAAGCUCGCCCCUACCAUGGUUAAAGUGAAGGCUCUUUUGGGGAAUGGUUUAAGCGGUAUCGACUUGGUCCGGGUUUGGCUUGCCUGGCGGAUCAUCCCAUUGAGCCGACGUCCUGGUUUGAUGUGCACCUACACAUGCGAGAAGAAUGAUCCUUUGCGGCACAGCCCUGAUGAUUUACCUGAUGACGUCAUUGAUAAUAUGACAAAGUCGCUUUUGAACGAAAGCCUAGCAGACUGUGGCAAGGUGGGCUUAAACCCUUUCUGCAAAGCUAACCCGACUCCAGCGGCUAAUGACAAAUUUUGGAAAGAAAAAUAUGAUCACGAAGCUGCAAAGAGAGCUAGGAAGGCCAAGAGAGCCGCCAGGAAAGCCGCCGUCAAAAAGAAAGGAAACAAGAGCAGCGCUUCAGACUUGCUUCGACUAGAAGAUACCUCUGAGUCGGAGGUAGCCCUUGACUCUCUAGGCUCCUUUUUUAACCACCUUAUUGACACUGAUUAUCAUCAGGAGGACACGAGAACGAGUAACAGAGUGGAUGAAGAGAUUCAUGAGAGCCGGAGGCAGACCCGGACCAGUAAGGACGUAGAACUCUCAUCCGUCUUACCAAAUACACCAAGGAAACGUCGGAAUGAGGUCACCUCCAACUUAACUCCUUUUUAUCCUUUGGCGGGUCUCACUCGUCAACCACUCAACUCUUUUGACUCAAAUUAUCAGGACACUUUGCCUUCCUCCGAUGACUCGCUCCAGUCCAACAUGCCGGCUUUUAAGACCGCUCCAGGCGGAAAAGCGAAGCCCAGCAAGAAGGUGAAGAAAAGCAAGCCGGCCGAAGAGCCAUCUUUCAAAGAGCCAGAACUCCAGACGGCCGCUCCCGAGGCCUCUGUUCCUGAGCCGCCGCUUGAACCGGCGCAUGACACACCAACAUCAACUAUCGACCCGCCUGCCGAACAAACCGCCGAUGGUUCUGAAAACCUUGAAGUCUCUAGCCCGGCCAAGAUAGACGACCCACAGGAUGCUGAUGUUGUAAUCACCAAGACUGGCUACACUGAGCCGGGGAGACCUACUGUGCUAGCCAAGUGUUCUGCCAAAGAAGAGCACCUGGAACGUUGUAAGGUCAGAUUUGACGUUGCUGAUUAUACUCACAUGAGCAUUGGGGAAGUUUUUUCUGGAUAUCUUAGCCAAGUGCACAGCAGCCGUGACCUCGAAGUUGAUAUGGUGAAGCAAAUGCACUAGAAAUUUGAGGCCACGACUACUCAACUGCAAUCAGAACUGUCUGAAUUGAAGAACCGCCUGGGGGCUCAGGAGACCGAAACUCAAAAGGCCAACUCCAAAUUUGAAUUCAGCGUGGCUGAACAGGAGAAACUGAAAUCCGAGGUUGAGGUUGAGAAAAAGGCUCGGGCUGAAGAAAAAAUUGCCUUAACCCAACGAGUUGAAACAGCAGAAAAGGCUCUUGAAGAGGUGACCACUGAAUUAUCCGGUUUAAAACAUCAUGUAUCUCAAAUGGUCUCAGCAAUCUUUGGCCCCAAGAGCUCCAACCUCAACAAGGACAUGCGGGUGAAGCUGGAGGCGGUUAUACGCUCGUGGAACAACUUUACACUGCAUCCCAGCCAUUACAAGAAAUAUGUUAACUAGUGACCUUCUGUCAGUGACCCUGAAAGAAUUGGUCAUAGAUCUACGACCAUUUGAGACCAAUUGGUCAAAAGUUGCUCGGGGGGCUCCAUAUCGACCGUUUUAGCCAUAAAGGUCGUAAUUUUCUUACACGAAAUGGUCAUAAAGCAGACAUCACUGAUCCGCUGCCUUAUUUCUAGCUGAUCACGACCAAUAUAUAUGGUCAUAACCUUGUAAAUUGUGGUGGAUUGCUAUGACUA